AGAGAUUUAUAUGAGGACUGUUUUUAUUUAUCAAAUGCUAAGUUAUUAUUAUCUUCAACUUCUUAUGGGGUGACAUUUAAGGUAUCUGGAUGACGUAAUAAUGCGCUGUUGCGGCGAAGAGCUCCGAAGCUUCAGUGAGAACAAAUUGUAGCACAACGUCUUCUCUACCACACAUGCAUUUCCUUCGCACUUUGCACGUCAAUAGGAGGCCAAGCGCAAUCGUCCCCAGAAUGUUGAUUAGAACUGACACCCUUAACUUACCUUAGAACACUAUCACAAUAGUAAACAUGUCUGUCGGAACACGUUUAUCGCUGGCGUUACCGCGACAUGUACGAAGCCUUGCAACGCGUAGAAUUCCACCAGGGCCGCGCGGGUCCAUCCGUCGCGCGAACUCUUCGAAGCUACCGAACUCUUCGAGAGUAAAUCGUUCAGCUGCUUCCCAGCAGCCCGGACAAGAUGCAGACCGACUUCCGCCGCCACCAAACGGUCCGUCGCCGUCCAAAGUCGAGGCUGUCUCCAACGCGCUCGCCACGACCUCUGACGCCAACAAUCCACUCCUCACGCCUGUCCACAUCCCGGAAGAUCCAAAUGGCGUUAUCAAAGAGAACCAUCCCGCCAUGCGCCUCCUCGAGAACUCGAGCAUCGUCGUACAGAGACAGCUGGAGAUGAUGAACGUACUCAUGGGCUUCGAGCAAGCGAAUCGCUACGUUAUAAUGGACCCGCAUGGGAAUCAUAUCGGAUACCUGGCAGAGCUGGAUCAUGGCCUUGGAAGGGCUGUGGCACGGCAGGCGUUCCGGACACAUCGGAGUUUCACAACUCAUGUCUUUGACAAGAACGAAGUCGAGGUACUCAGGUUCCAUCGCCCUUUUGCUUGGAUCAAUUCGCGAAUUCGCGUGUACGAUGCCUUGGCAUCUGGCGUUAGUGUCUCUGUAGAGCCCGGGGCUUCGAACCUGCCGCUUUCUAACAUGAGGAUCAUUGGAGCAGCAGAGCAGGAAUGGGGACUUCUACGGAGGAAGUACAACCUAUUCCUCGCCCGCAACAUAGCGUCCGCUACCCCCGGCACUCCCCAACUCACCUCGGGCGACCUUCCCAUAUCAGAUCUCAAAGCUCUUACAAUAUCCGAUGACAACAACAACAGAGAGGUCGGCAUGGUCCAGUUUGCGCGUGUUGACGAACCGUUCUUAUCUUGGGACUUCCACCUUAUGUCCGAGGACCAACGACUCAUUGGCAGCGUAAACAGGAAUUUCGGGGGCUUCGCGAGAGAAAUCUUUACAGACACGGGCGCGUACGCGCUCAGGAUGGAUUCUGCGGGCCUCCAGACUGAGGUACAGCAGGCUUCGAGUGUCGAGCAGGUGAAGUCACUAUCACACGACAGCCCGGGUAUGACUCUCGAUCAACGCGCCGUCAUGCUUGCCACAGCUGUCAGUGUCGAUUUCGACUACUUCAGCCGACACAGUGGAUCGGGAGGAAUGGGAGGAAUGUGGCCUAUGUGGAUGCCCUGGUUCGGCGGCGGAGGCGAGGCUGCGGGCGGGGCUGCCGCAGGGGGAGCUGCUGCCGGCGCUGGCGAAGCUGGUGCAGCGGGUGCUGGCGCUGGCGCGAUUGGAGCGGCUGAAGAAACAGGCAUCGCCAGCGAAGUUGGUGCCGCUGCACGAGGUGUUGGAUCUGCCGAAGGAUGGGCUGCUGGUGCAGGUACCAUGGCUGGCUAUGAAGCUAUGCAAAGGGCGGCAGGGCGAGGAGAGCCUUCAGAAGGUGGAAAUGAAGCAGCUGCAAGCGAUCCGUAUGGUCACGCUCCUCAACAGCAGCAGCUCGGGCAAGAAGGAGGAGAUAUAUGGGGCGAAAGCAAAGAUCCAUGGGCUAACAAUGACAAGGAUCCUUGGGGUGGUGGAGACGGAGGGGAAGGCGGCAGUGGAGAUGGAGGUGGGUUCGACGUUGACGAUUGGUUUUGAGCAUCUGUACUACUCAUUGUACGAUAAGUCGAUCCUCUCAU